AUGGGCAGAAAGCCAAAUCCUCUGAUCGUGGAGUAUUUCAAACGCGGUGCGAAGAUAGCAGACGCCUCCAAUCGCUACGAACACACCUGCAAGCUAUGUGGUGAACAAUUCCCCAAAGGUCGCAUCGACAGCCUCACAGCGCACCUUACCAAGAAGUGUAUUGGUCUGACGAUGUCUGAUCGCACUAAGAUUGUGCUUCGUCUGCACGAUCUUGCAGACCCUACGGCAGCCCCUGAAGUGAACAAUGGCACAAAAGACGGAACCCAGAUUGAAGCAGGAAACACUCUCGACCUGCCAUUUUCUCCUACUAAACAACAAAACUUCAAUGCUCUCAACGUUCUCGCCGAGGCGUCGCGUCGCGUCGGUGGUGAUGGUCCAGUGGCAUCUGGCUAUACUUCUGCUGAACAAGUUCACCUUCACGAUCACGCCCAGCCACUUCCACUUGAUCCUCAGCUUGAGAUAGACUCUUUUGCUCAGCAUCUCUUGGAAUCACCUGACGAUGGACUCGGCCCGAGAAACAAUGGCUUUCCUGCCUCCAGUACUGCAAGCCUCCCACCACUAUUUUCAUUUAUGGCAAGUGGCCCUCCAGUGUCUCAGGAUGAACUAGGACUUUCUCUUGUUUCUACAAUUCCCCCAGAUCUGAGCACAAUUGCUGCCUCCGCCAAUGAGACUCUUGCCAAUGGCGUUAUGGUCACAGACCUGGAUGUCUCUCAAGACGGCGUCCCUGGUGUCCUCUUAGAUGAUCUCCAUGGCCACUCUUUCAGUCAUGAUCGAACCACUUUUCACUGGACCAACGCUCCAGCACCGAUUCACAUCAGUCAGAACGAGAUGCCUGUACAGCCUGCUGCCGAAAGUGUGCAAGAACCAGACGAACACCCAUCACAACCCUUGCGGCCUAUUGCCAUGAAUCCACAUAGCCGACAGACCAACUUUGUUUCUGAGUCCGGCACUCCCAACAAAGUGCAAAAGCACAAGGUUCGGGGAAGAUUCGCUCCAGAUCGACGCAAGGAAGUUCGUGAACUGCGCAAAGUCGGUGCAUGCAUGCGUUGCCGCAUGCUCAAGAAAGUCUGCUCUCAGGAAACCCCAUGCCAGACCUGUGCUGCUGUAGAGGCACCUCGUCUCUGGAAAAACUCCUGUGUCCGUGCCAAGCUAGUGGAGACUUACACCUUGUUUUUUAUCGGCCUUCACGCAGCUAUCGCCUAUCGAGAAACCAAUCAGGUCAAAUCACGAUCUAAUGUUGCAACACUUGAAGGCAAUAUUGAGGCUUCUCAUUUCAAUGAGCAAUCAAUCGUUUUCAAGGGGUUUCAAAACACACAAACUGGUUUGCUUAUCGAUGGUACACCGGAUCUCACCUCGUCGCAGACAGUCAUCACCAUUGACCUAGAACCUGCUCUCGAUGUGCUGCCGAAGAUUGAGCAGUAUUUGCAUUCGAUAAGCACUCAGGUUAUUGAGCAGGAAUCUUGCCCGGUCAUGAAGACCAGUCUCACCCAAGCCAUGGCAAUCAAAUCAAACGAACAUGGCCAGCUCACGAAUGACAAGCAAGACAAGCUUCUGUCCGAUAUCAUCGAAUUGUGGACGGCGACGGUUAUUCUUUCAGAUAGCAGUCUCACAUGGGAUUUAUUUCAGACCAACGACAUGAAUUUUGAACGCCAACCUUUACAGCAUGAUAAUGGCUCAUACUUUUUGAUUGUAUGCCAACUCCGAGCUGCUGUCGAGAAGCGAGCCAGCCUCGUUUGCAAAGCUGCCAUGCACCACUUUGAACAACGAGUUCUUUCUAGGCAUAAGAGCAACAACUUCGAGACAUUUCUUGCGGCUUUUAUCUUGCUGAAUUGUGCAGAGAGAAUGUGUUGGUUGUUCCAAACCUGGGAAGUUGAACUCCCUGACAGACCGGCCUGGCCGUUUGAUCUAUCCGCCCGCAGUUACGUGGAAAAGGGGCAGCACUUGGCUAAUACUAUUGAGAUGAUGCUGGAGCUUCGUCAACUAGGACCCAAGGUCAACAUUGAUCUGCAGUCGGGCAAUCUCAUACCCCGAAACAAAGACGACACCACUACGAUCGCGUGGCUCGCCGGUGCUGGUCUCACGAAAGAUAUCCUGUUGAAAAAGGAAAGUGCCCAAUUCGACCCGAGCGAUAGCCGAUCUCUUGAUGGGACCUUUUGGGCUAGACUUCUUCUGACUUGA